UCGUUUCCAGCUAUUUUUAUUUACAUUUUGUAUAUAUACUUUGUGACAAUAAGCAGAUACAUAUUAACACCAUAGAGUUACUUAAAAUCGAUCAUAAACUCAAGGUGAGAAUUCUGAAAGACAGAGACCAACAUUUCUUCAUGUAUUCAACGUAUGUUGCGGUUUACAUUUUGUACAAAGCCUUCUAUUAUGCGGUUAAAUUCGUUAAAGGGCGGGUGAAAUGCUAUUUCAUGCAUACUGAGAUUUUUACACUGUUAAAGAGUUGGAAUUCCCAUGCUAAACAUGGUUUCCGGUUUGUCGAGGAUGCGUCUAUGUGACGUUAGAUGGUGUGGAAUUUCCUUAUAUGGGUCCUAAAGGGCACUUCUCCCGGAAGAGCGCGCACGUGCCCAUAAGAGCAGAGCAGAUACAUUCACUGACCAGAACGAGAGCGAAAUGUCUCCCAAGAAGUGUGCUUUUGGUUGCCAGGGCAAGGCAACCCUGCACAUAUUACCUAAAGAAACAGCAUUAAGGAACCAGUGGUUGCAGUUUAUUUUUAAUGAGCAUCAACGGAGGAGGUGUGCAAGUGUUUUUGUUUGUUCCCUGCAUUUUGAAGAUGCUUGUUUUACAAACAAGGCCCAGUUUGAUGCCGGAUUUGCAAAGCGUUUAUUUCUUAAGGAUGAUGCAGUCCCGACGAAAAAGGGUCACGAUCGUGUGUUGGAACCGCAUGCGAGCACAUCUACAUGUGUUCCUACCAGCCAGGGCUUUCCUUCUGUCAAGCACACUGAAUGUCAAAGAGAACAUAAAACAACUGUGUCUGCUGAUGUGAAAGCCAAACCACUAAUGCAGUCUGUAGGAAUUCAGUGUACUAUUCUUCCAUCUGCUGCCACACAGACAGGACAUGUACGGAGCAAAGGUUUUACUCUGUCAGGCACACAUGCAACAGUUUCCUUUACAAGUGUGAGUACUGAGACAGCAAUAUCAACAGCAUCAACAUCUGGACUCGGUCCAACACCAGUUAAAAGGCCGAAGACAGAAUUGCUGGAUGAGGAAGAGAUUCCAACACAUUUAUCAGAAAUUCAACAAACUCGAGAUUCCUCAUAUGAGGCUGGUGACCCUGUUGCAGAGCUUUCUAAAACAAGUGGGAUGGACAUCUCUCGUGAUUACACCGAUGCAAAGUACAUUGUUUUUGAAAGCUGUCUCAGAGAGCUUUUUAAAACAUGUCCUUUUUGCACGAAUGAAUGCAAUGUGCAGCGACGUCGGCUUGGGACAUUUGUGUCAUUCUGUCAGGUCUGCGAACACUGUCAAUAUACCAAAAAAUGGCAGAGCCAGCCCAUGAAAGGAAGCACCCCAGUUGGAAACCUGCAAAUGUCAGCAGCAGUGUAUUUCACCGGUGGAUCAUUUAUUCAAAUGCAUAAGAUUUGCAGAGCUAUGAAUCUACAAAUUCACCCCUUCAGAUCAUUCAGAACGCAUGCUCGGAUGUUUCUUGAACCAGCCGUAUUUCACAAGUGGAAGAUGGAUCAGCAGGCCGUGUUCCAGUCACUACAACCGUUGGGCAAAAUUGCACUGAGUGGCGAUAUGCGUGCGGAUUCUCCAGGACAUUCUGCCAAAUAUGGCAGCUAUACUUUAUUGCAUCCUGACAGCAAUAAAAUUCUGGACAUUCAACUAAUACAGAGCAAUGAAGUUGGAGGCAGUGCACACAUGGAGAAGGAAGGACUCAGAAGAGGUCUGGAUCAUCUAGAGUCCAACCAGUUACAAGUAGAUUACAUUGUGACUGAUCGCCACACCAAGGUGCAGAAAUAUCUGCGGGAGAGAGAGAUCCAACAGUACUAUGAUGUUUGGCACCUCCAGAAGGGGCUAUCUAAAAAAUUAGAAAAAUUGUCAAGAAACAAAGACUGCCAAGUGCUGCGAAACUGGUUGGUGGCUAUAAAAAAUCACAUCUACUGGUCAGCCAUGUCUUCCACAGAAGGACCAGAGAAAGUUGCUAAGUGGAAGAGUUUAUUAAAUCACAUUCAGAAUGUCCACAUUCAUGAAGAUCCAGUAUUCCCCAAGUGCGCUCAUGCAGACAGAGUGACCAGAGACCCUAGUAAAUGGUUAAAACCAGGUACCAUGGUCCUGUAUAAAGUGGAGAAGCUGCUCAUGAACAAGAGAGUUCUCCGCGAUGUGGAAAAGCUGAGCCACCAACAUCAAACUUCAGCUCUUGAGGCGUUCCACCGUGUCAUUCGGAGAUUCGUCCCCAAGAAUGUUGUUUUUCCUUUUAUUGGAAUGCUAUGCAGACUGUAUCUUGCGGCAAUGCAUUUUAACGAGAAUGCUGAUCAUGAACAGGCAAUGAACUUGGAAGGCAAUGCUGUCUAUCGAAUAAUGUAUCCAGAAUCUAAGAAGGGGCAACCAAUUGUGAAGACAGAGCCUACUUUUGGAUACGUCAAAGAUCUGAUGAGACUGGUGUUUGUAGAGGUGUUUGAAGACCCUGCCUAUUAUGCUGAGGAACUACGAAAAGUACCCAUUCCAGAUUCCCCAUCAGAACAGUUUGACAGGCCGCCAAAGGAGGAUCUCAUUGCUAGACGCGUGUCUAGGUUCAGUCCAGUGGUGGCCGGUAGCCAACAUAGUUCCCACCAGCAUCAGGGAACUCUUGCCGAAUCCGGAGGACAACACAUGAUGGAAGGACCCCAGCACCAGCUGACUAAACUACGAUAGGCGAGAGACCUGAAACGUCUGGCAGCGUGGUGGAAUUGUUACGUAGUCAGUAAUGUAGCAUUUUGUAUUAUGUUCAACACAUACUUUUUUUUCAUUUGUAUGCUAUAUUUUUGACCCUGAAAAUACAUUUUUCCAAUUAUUGAUAUUUAAAUUUAUUUUAUUACAAUGCACACCUUCCUAGAUAAAUAAACACAAUUUACAAAGUU